AUGAAGAUCAAGGUGCUGGUGCUGGUGCUGGUGCUGGUGACGACGAUGACAACUGACGAUGACGGUGACGGCGGCAGGCUGGCUAAAAACACAAGCCCUACUGUUGACCCCCACUCGCGCAAGGCACGUUCCCGCAAGGGAGAUGCUCUGCACUACCUCCCCCUCCUCGUCGACGACACACCCACAAAGCAAGGACCAAAAGAAGACGCAGACCUGUAG